CCCGGGGGCAGGAAGGGCCCAUGAGCGGGGUGCUCCUGGUGGGCUACAGCAGCAGCAGCAGCAGCUCGGAAGGCGAGGAUGAGCCCGGGUCCGGCGCGGAGCCUAAGGAGCGCGGCGGCCGCGGGCGCCCUCCCCCGCCCCCUCGGCUGCCCCUCCCGGACAGCGUCUUGAACAUGUUUCCCGAUCCCGAAGAUGAGCCGGUGGAUGAUGCUGAAAAACACGGUGGGAGAGUCCGCACCUUCCCCCAUGAAAGGGGGAUUUGGGCCACCCACGUCUGGGUGCCCUAUGAAGCAAAGGAAGAUUUUUUUGACCUGCUUGACAUCCUCAUGACCCAGGCCCAAAAGGUCCUGCCCAGGCUAGUAAAGAUGAAGGAGUUCCACAUCAGUCUGUCCCAGAGUGUGGUCCUGCGCUACCAUUGGAUCACUCCCUUCAUGCAGUCCCUGAAGGGCCGCAUGGCCCCCUUCUAUAGGUUCUUGUUCACAGCCAACCAGGUGAAGGUUUACACAAAUCAAGAGAAGACAAGGACCUUCCUCGGGUUAGAGGUCACUGCGGGGCAUUCCCACUUCCUGGACUUGGUCUCAGAAGUAGACAGAGUCAUGGAGGAAUUUGACCUGGCAACUUUCUACAAGGAGCCUUCCUUCCACAUCAGUCUGGCCUGGUGUGUGGGAGACGCGCGGUCCCGGCUGGAGGAGGGUGUCGUUCGGGAGCUGCAGGAAACCGUGAACAGCUUUGAUGACUCUGCCCCACUGCUGCGCGUGCGGGCCGAGCAGGUCCGCUGCAAGUCUGGGAAUAAGUUCUUCUCAUUCCCGUUAAAAUGAGAGCCAGCCAGUGAGCGAAUGACCCUCCUGCUUGUGGCGGGCCGGGGAAGGAGCCUUCCUCUGGAAGGGUGAAGGAUGGAGGAGAAACAGCAUGAGCCCGGCUCCGUGGUUCCCAGCCCAUCCUGAUGGUGAGCCCUGGCCCGGGAGCCCCACUUAGGACUGCAAAGGGGGCCUCUGCCCAGAUCCGGGGUUCUUCCCUACCCUCUUCUUCCCAAGUAAGGGGCUAGUUCCCCCCGAUGCCCAGCAGAGGGCAGGGCAGCCCAUGAUUCUUGUCCUGAGUCUUUGAGCCUGGUGGGGAAUUUUUUGGGGUCACUUGGUGAACCUUUCAGCUGUUUGCAUUUUUAUGCCGUUGGCCUCUGAACAAAAUCCGAAGAAUUAGUGUUUCCACACCUCGCCCUGUCCUGCCCUGGUGGCCAGGUGUCUUGGACAGGCCCAUCCCUGCCCUCUUCCCAGAAACUCCUGGUCCCUGCCCCAGUCCCACCCAGGCCGCCCCUGAGUCAAGCGGGCGGCUCUGCCCCAGGAUUCUCCAGCACAUCCCCCUCACCCCUUCCCAGGAGCCCCACCAGGUGCCGGGGGAAAGUUUGAGCAGAUGCUUCUUGUGGGCUGGGCUGUCUGGGAAGAGCUCUCUGGAUCUCCCAACGCUUCGGCCUCUGGCUUCCCGUGUUAAUUUUCCAAAAAAUUAGGAAACGAAUCUUUCCUAUGGAGGCCCUCCUCCUGGUGCUCCAAAACUAUCCCAGGCUCUGGCUCCAUUUGUCCCUUUCUGCCUGAUGAGCAGCGAGACACAUUUUACAGGGAAGCGUUCAGGGCCAGUUGGGGCCCUCACUGCUACUAAAAGAACCUGGGUUGUCCUGAACAAAUCCAGCUGCCACCUGGGUGUCUGGUACUGGCUGGUGGGACUAUAUCUGGAUAUUUAAAUGAUGUGAACUG